UAAAUCAUGUGAUUUCUUUUAGUAGUAAUUUACCAGAAUACUAGAAAAGGCUGUAGGAAGCUGACAAGAUACAAAGAAGACAAGGUAAACUAUAUGGCUAUAUUAGCAAUAGGACUGCUCCAUAUUACUUUACAGCACUCUCUGUACAAUUUCAGCAUAUUGUUCCCAGCAAUCUGUGCCCUCAUUUUAUCAAACAUGGAAAGAUGGAAGGCUGAGACAACCUUGAAUCCAUCAGGGUAUGGGUAGAGUUAGCCUGCAAGACUACAUUCUAAUCACAGAGCCACAACAAAGACUAUUUGUGGAAGCUCUGUAAAUCCCAUGGCAUUUUCUUCCUUUUAGUUUUUUUCACUGACAUCACUCACAGGCCUUUCCACCAUAUCUGAUACAAAGUGGUAGCUUUGUAGACCAAAACUAUUAUUACACAGUCUUGAAAAAUGCAAAGCAUUCUCUUCUAUCCUUUAUGAACAGGUCCAGCCACUUUCUCUAUGUAAUAACUAUUGCCCUUUGGGUUAUGCUAAGAAGAGAAUAGAAGGGAAGCCAUUUUGUUGUUAUGACUGUCUUCACUGUCCAGAAGGGAAGAUUUCAAAUAGAAUAGAUAUGGAUGACUGUUUUCCAUGUCCAGAAGAUCAGUAUCCAAACAAGGAACAGAAUUCAUGUCUUUCAAAAACUUUAACAUUCCUGACAUAUGAGGAAACUUUGGGGUCCAUCUUGGCCAUUUGUUCUCUUUCUUCCUCUUUUAUCAUAGUGUUGGUUCUGGGUAUCUUUAUUAAGUACCAGCAUACCCCCAUCGUCAAGGCCAACAACAGAAACCUCACCUACAUGCUUCUCAUUUCUCUCCUGUUUUCGUUCCUUUGUGCUUUACUGUUUAUUGGCAAACCUCAUAAAGUGACCUGUCUCCUUCGACAAAGUGCUUUUGGUGUCAUUUUUACUGUAGCUGUAUCAUGUGUAUUAGCAAAAACUAUUGUGGUGGUUUUAGCUUUCAUGGCCACCCAACCAAAGUCUACAAUGAGGAAAUGGGUGGGGAAAAGAUUGGCGGUUUCCAUUGUAUGUUUCUGCUCUUUCAUUCAAGUAGUUCUUUGUACUGUCUGGCUGUUGACCUUUCCUCCAUUCCCUGAUUUUAACAUGCAUUUAAUGGCAGAAGAAAUUGUUCUGGAAUGUAAUGAAAACUCCUUUGUCAUGUUCUACUGUGUCUUGGGCUUCAUGUUCCUCUUAGCCCUUGUCAGCUUUAUGGUAGCUUUCUUUGCCAGGAAAUUACCAGACUCUUUUAACGAAGCCAAAUUUAUCACCUUCAGCAUGUUGAUUUUCUGCAGUGUUUGGCUCUCCUUUGUUCCUAGUUAUCUGACUACAGGGGGCAAACAUAUGGUGGCUGUGGAGAUCUUCUCCAUUAUAACAUCCAGUGGGGGGCUCCUGGUAUGCAUCUUUUUCCCUAAAUGCUUUAUCAUCAUACUGAGGCCAGAAUUGAAUAGCAAGCAGUAUAUAAAACAGAGAAAUAACUGAGAGAUCUACAACUGCAUUACCUUCUUUUAUUUUACCCAUGAGAAAUCAGUAAGACCUCAAAGUGAAUACCUGUAACCUUUUGCCAUUUGAUGAUGAUGUUGUUAUCCAUUCAGUUGUAUCUGAGUCUUGGUGAUUCUAUGGGACAGAUUUCUCCACAUCUUCCCAUUUUGCCCUUCUUCUUGUGUACAGAGGCCAUUUUGAUUCCUCUCCCAUAUCCAUAUCUUCUGUUUAUUUAUUGCAUUAUUAAAGAAUGAUAGGACA